AUGGAUUCCUCAAAGCCCGCACUCGAUCUGGAGAGGGAGUUGACGUGCUCUAUAUGCACCGAGCUCCUUUACCAGCCUCUGACUCUGCUCGAUUGUCUACACACGUAUUGCGGUGCCUGCUUGAAGGACUGGUUUUCUUUCCAAGCGCAGCAGGCCGAAAACUCACCGACCCCGCCCGCACCAGGGACAAACAUCUUCACCUGCCCGUCAUGUCGUGCGCAGGUUCGCGAUACGAGGCACAAUGCCACCGUCGCCACUCUCCUCGAUAUGUUUGUGGCUGCGAACCCGGACAGGAGGAGAUCUGAAUCCGACGUGGCGGAAAUGGUGAAGAAGUACAAGCCAGGUGAUCAGGUGCUGCCAGAAGUUAAGAUUCCCGAGAGAACAGCGGAAGAGAGGCGCGCAGACGACGAAGAAAGGAGGUUACUGGAAGAUGUGCGGGAGAUGAGCCUCAGAGACGCCGGAGUAGACUCUUCCUCGGGACAUCGACAUCGACGGCGUAGAGAGGACAGCAGCUCUGCCGAUGGACGAACCAGACGGAGCCGGGACCACAGUCGGGACAGCCGCCACACCCACAGACAUGAGGGCAGUCGGAGACCGCGAGACGACGAAGGGAGGCCUACUGGGGACCAGCUGCAGCCGGAUUCGAGGUCGGGCGAGCAAAGGAGACGGCGAAGGAGUGAGUCGAGACAGCGUGCCCAGGAUUCAUCCGACAUGAGGCGUCGGCAAAUCGAGCACCAGUCGUCACUCAGAUCACUCAUAAGCUCGAGUGAUUUGAGCGAGCGCGACGUGCAGAAGGAAAUUGAGGAUUUUGCCAGACAAAUCCAGGAAGAGGGCUUGUUGGAUGGGCUCGAUCUGGACAACAUCGACCUGAGCCGGAACGAUGAGCUGAGUCGGAAGAUUACAGAAGCUUACAGACGACGGCAACGGGAGCGGGAGCGAGAACGAGAGCGCACCAGGGCCGAAGGAACGAGAAGAAGGGACACCAGUGGCCAGCCCAGGCACUCUCCAGAUCGUGUGCAGGAGAUCAGGUCAAGUGCAUCAGACACAAGCAGGCCCAGUAGCAGGCAACGACCGCACUCAAGGUCAACUAGUGCAACUGGGUUUCCUGAUGAUCGCAGCCGGCCGCCACUCUCACAGAGCGCCCUGCAUCUUGAAGUUCGACCAGAGGAGAGGCGGCGACGGAGGCGAACCUCGAGCGGCGGUCGCAGCGCGACGACACCCCUCCCAGCAACGCAGUCCGAGACCCGCGUCGCCACUCGAUCGCAGACCGAUCUGUCGUCACGAACACAUUUUGGUGAAGCAGUUGCCCCGAGAACCGUCUUCACCGAGGCGAGAAGCUCGAGCACGCCAUCAGUACCUACCACGACGCAGUCGCCGACGACCACCACUUCGCCAGCACCGCGCGAGCUGACCUUUGCUAACCGCAUGACGAAUUCUUCUGCGUUGGUGUCUUCCAACUUUGCCGCGUCUCCGCCCAUAGAGCCGUUGUCGCCUCGUCUGCAGCGGCCAAACCGGCCGGCAGACUUGUCCAUCAUCAGCCAAGCAACUUCAGGCCCUGUCGGGCUAGGCUUGGGUUUGGGGAUAGGGAGUCCGACCACCCCCGGUCAUCAACGAACACGCUCGCAACUGUACCCGGAGCCCUCGAUUACGUGUUCCCGCUGCGCAAAGCAGCAUAUCGAGUACGAGCUACACUACAACUGCGGCAUCUGCGCCAGCGGAAAUUGGAACAUCUGCAUCGACUGCUACAGGUCCGGCAAAGGCUGCUUGCACUGGUUUGGCUUCGGGUACGGAGCGUGGGCCAAGUGGGAAAAGGCUCGGCACACGGCACACGAGGACAUACCCAGACCUCACAUGCUGACGGCGAAUCGUUACCUCCAGCCAAAGAUCAUCCCGGGUGGAGCGGAAGGCAGGCGAACUCUCACGACCGACGAUCCGAUGAAGCGGUUGGAAAGCGGCAACUUCUGUGCUCGAUGCCAGGCCUGGGCGAACGAGUGCUUCUGGCGAUGCGACUUUUGCAACUUUGGCGACUGGGGGUUUUGCAAUAAUUGCGUGAACCAGGGACGAUCGUGCACACAUCCGCUUCUGCCUCUGACGUACCAGCCUCAGCCAUCACACACGCCACCUGCCAGUCCCAGGUCGCCUCAGCCGCCUCACGCGGCCGCUGUGCUGACGGGGCCUAACAUUCACAAUAUUGGCCCCUUUAAGCCCCUGACGUUUACGACGCGCUGUGACGUCUGCCAGGACCCUAUCUCUCCCAACCACAGCCGAUAUCACUGCUUCACUUGCACCAGCUCAAUCGAGCCGGACACGCAACCUGGCGACUACGAUGUAUGCACAAAUUGUUACGCCAAUCUUGAAGCGCGUGAUCAAAUCAGUCCCGAGAAUGGGCACGCGGGCUGGCGCCGGUGUCUCAACGGCCAUCGCAUGAUCGUGGUCGGCUUCCGCGACGGGCCGGGCGGGCAGCUGCGGCACAUACUAUCCGACCUCGUGGGCGGCCGCAAUCUCCGCAUCACGCAGUCGGAUGGCACCGACGACCAGGCCCCGCAGAAGUGGUGGUGGCACGAGGGCGGGCAGACGAGGGAGCGCUUCGUCACCAGGGACGUUGCGGCGGACGCCCCGACAGGCGAGGGUCUCGCGCAGGGGUUCCCCGCGGACGGCGGCGUCGGGAUGAGGGCGGCAGCGACGUGGGCGUGGUAUCCCAAGGCCGAGGACGAGCUGUUGUUCCCCAAGGGGGCCGAGAUCCGGGAGAUUGAGGACGUGAACGGGGACUGGUUCUUUGGGGUGUACAUGGGCGCGAAGGGACUGUUUCCAUCGCCGUACGUAAGGCGGCUUGAUGAUCAUGCAGGAUAG